UAAUAAUAUCCUCAAAACUUCCAAAAAACUCCCGUUGAUUGUCUCCUCUUCCACUCUCCUUGUCUCUCUCCUCCAUCCUUCUCUACAUUAUCAACGGUUGUUCCCCCAAAUUCAAUAUCUCUCCUCAAAAUUAGGGUUCGCAAAUUCAUCUAUUUCUUCCAAUUGAUUACAAGUGGAAACCGAAUUAACCGGACGAUCGCCGACAGAGGUCAUGACUUUUGUCGGCAACGGAGACAACAAUAAAAACGACGUCGUCGCCGUGCCGGAGCUAACAACCUUAAGGGUCUCCGACAAAGAUGAGUUUUAUGUUAAUUUAGUGCAAUACGAGGAAGAAGAAGACUCAAUGGAGGAGGAUCGUUGUUUGUCGGAGCCUUCAACACCCAGAAUACGAUGUCACUUUUUCUGUAAAUGGAUUAAGUUUUUCUUCAUUUUCGUCUUCGUUGCUGGUCUCGCUUUUGUUGUUUUCAAAUGGAUUGCACCGUUUUUAAUGGACAAGGGAAUAAUUCCGAUUCUUAACUGGGAGAGAUCUUCGUUUAGCACCCCUGUUUUGGCACUUAUAAUCUUUACUACAGUGGCAUUGUUCCCUACCAUUCUAUUGCCUUCAUCCCCUUCCAUGUGGGUGGCUGGGAUGACUUUUGGUUAUGGAUACGGCUUCCUAAUAAUUAUGCCAGCUAUGAUGAUUGGUGUUUCUCUUCCAUACCUUGUCGGUUCCCUCUUCUACCACAAAAUACAAGGUUGGAUGGAAAAGUAUCCAAAGAGAGCUUCCAUCAUUAGAUUAGCUGGCGAGGGAGGAUGGUUUGACCAGUUUCGUGCUGUGGCAUUGAUAAGAGUUUCUCCUUUCCCCUACAUUAUAUACAAUUAUUGUGCUGUCGCAACGAAUGUCAAAUACGGGCCUUAUAUAUUUGGAUCAGUGUUGGGAAAUGUGCCUGACGUUUUGGUUGCGAUAUACACUGGUAUUUUGAUCAAAACAUUGGCAGAUGCAUCAGGCCAAAAGCAUUCACUCUCAGCACAGGAGAUUAUUAUGAACGUGGUUGGGUUUGCUGCGACAGUUGCUACUACAAUCAUCUGCACAAUUCUUGCAAAAAGACGGCUCAAGACAAUGCCGAUUGAGGAUGAGCCACUUCUGCAGUAAGCAGUUUAUUCUAACAAAGGGUUUGAGAGGUGCCACGCUCCAGCACUUAGUUGGUAUUUUGUACAGUUUAUGGAGAUUUGAAUAUGGAGAAGGAAAUACAGAGAGAGAAGACCCUAAAGAGUGAACUAUUAACAACAUAGUAAACCAACAGUUAUUUCUGUUAUAGAUUCUUUUGCAGGAGACGAGAUUCAUCGUCGUCUUGGUGUUCCCAUCUUCCUUUGCUGCGCCUCGGAAACUAAUAUUGUACAUAGAAUCACCUCUCCACUCUGUAGUUGCAGCAGGUUGAUCAUGUUUUUGUCUUCUGUAUCAAAUUACUCCGAUCUUUAUCAAUGCUUAAUUUGCAUAUAUAAUUAUCACG